AUGAAUCGUCAACCUCCAGCCGGCAGUAAUGCCUCCCUCAGCUGUCACAUCUGUCCCCGGAAGCCCGACUUCUCUGACAUCAGCCAUCUUCUUACACAUGUAGCAAGCAAAGGGCAUCUCAGCAAUUAUUUCAAGAUGAAGGUCAAAGCGGAUCAGGAUCCAGUCGCCAAGCGCACUCUCGACUUUUAUGAUGCAUGGUACGAUGAGAACAAUCUCCAAGAGCUGCUGCGGGAGCGUAUGGCCCUCAAGGACCGCAAGAAGGGAGGAGCCAGCGUUGCGAGCUCUCGCCGACCAUCGACCGGCAACACUCCUGCCGCCUCCGCCGUUUCGCCUCCUCUACAGCAUAUCCCUCGUCGCGGUAGCAAACUUCGUGAGAAUCUGCUCGACCCUCAGCUCGACCGCAGAAUCAAACACGAACCACUUUCCCGGUCUGCCACUCCCACUGAUAAAUUCUUCCCACACGCUGUCGAUCUUCACCGAGCAUAUGCUCCACACAUCCAGACCUGGGUUAACAGCUCAUUUGAAGAGAUGCCAGCAGAGUUGAAACAGGAGAGCUCGGAGCAUUCACCAUCUGAAUACAGCCUUUUUGAGUCUAUGACCACUCGCCAUUCCGACCGCCGGGACCUUUCUGGCUUGCCGAGCGAUUCUCUCUUCUAUUUUGGCGAGGAGUACGGCGAGCCUGAACCCAUCACCGACAUAAUGAUUCCCAAGGGAGUACAAUGGCCAGGCAUGGCGAUGUUUGAUUCUGCUACGAUUGAAAUGAAGCGCAAACGGAAUCAGAAGAAAAGUACCAAUGUCCUCAAACAGCUUCAAACUACCAGCGAACUGAUCGAGCCCAACGAGCUGGUAUUCGACGCCAGUGGCACCCAUCGGAAGACCCGCGUCAUCACCGGUGAGCCGGAGUCGAGUGAUUCUCUCAUCGAAGGUGAAUCCGAACCUGAGGUUGAAGUGGUGAAGCGGAGGCGACCCAAUCGUCGCACUCGGCAGCCGCUUACAGAGAAGAAUGUGAACACCUGUCGCCCGACACGGCAACGUGCCGCAAACCCUCCUCUGUCGACAAGCAGAUUGAGUCGGGGCCCCUACUUUGAUGGCCUGCAUGAUGAAGACGACGAGGAUGACCUGCUCACUUAUGGCGAGCACAAGCCCCCUGCUCGGACCGGGAUCAGCGUACUACGUGACAACAGCGGUCCCGACAUCACCUUCGAGCCGCACAACCUCAAUUACCUCACCUCGGCUUUUCGGCCAGGCACUCGUCCAGGACCGCAAUUUUCACAUCCGAAUAUUCAGGCCGCGAACCCACGUGGGCAACCUCGACUGUCCGCAUGGAAGCCAUACGAUCAACCGGGAAACUACCACCCCAUCAUGAACAGAUACAAUUCGCGACCUCCAUCGUAUGGGUCAUUUGAUCAAUUUCUCACCAUGGGCGCCCAAGGCAACAAUCCGUACAUCCAUGGUCCGCAGGGACAGCCUCAGCACUACCACUUCAGCUCGCUAGGCAAUGAGAUAUUUCCCUUCGAUCUCAACGACCACGGAGACAACCUGGCUGACCUUUUUGGUAUGGGUCAAGAUCUUGAUACCAUGAGUGCCAAUCCUCUCCUGGGCUUGCAUGUCGGCGCUGACAUGGGCCACAACAACCCACUCUUCAUGGAAAGGGCGUCCCGCGAGGAGGACGAAGCAACCAUAUCCGCAAAGAGUGAGCGCUAA